AUGGCAUAUUCUAUCCAAGCUCGUCAAAAUCUCGAUGGCGACGAUAUUGAGUUCGAGGAUGAUAGGAGGACUGAUUUCUGGUGGACGAGGACAGGCCAGAUAGUUCGGUGGUCGAUUUUCUUAGCCAUCUUUACCUUAAUCAUGGCCUACAUAAUCAUCGGAUACUGGCAUGCAAAGAGGAGGAUUAACAAAGGCCUGCCACCCCUCAAGUAUCACAGAUGGCUUUUAAACAGACAACAACGAGCCAGAUACGAUCCCUUAUACCAGAAUCCCCCUGUAUACUAUCAGACCUAUCCUCCUCAAGAUCAACAGUACGGCCUUCACUCGAUGCCUCCACCAAUGUACGACCCAAACGCUCCCUUACCACCUACAUACCAACCACCAGCCGGAGCCACGAAAGUCGAUCCAUCGCAAUGGGGAACAACUCAAAGACCGGCAGAAACGGGGGGUCCUUCUCCGGCGUACGAAGCACCGCCUGGACCUCCUCCAGCCGCUGUCCAAGCAAAUCAUACGGGCAGCACCAAUAAUCCAUAUAGACUAUGA